AAUGGUUGAUGCUUUGGAUGUGAAUAAGAAUAUUGUGCUUCACUAUGCGGUUCAAUAUGGCAGCAAUGAGUGUGUAGCACUUUUGCUAGAACAUGGUGUGGCUAUCACUCUUGAGAAUCUAGAUGGCGAAACUCCCAUUGCUUUGCGAGGAGGUAUGGAAAGCACGAGGUACUUGGUCUUUUGGUCACCUACCCGACCUUUGGAACCUGUUCGGCUGCUAAAAACAAAUGAAGCUGCUAGAGAAAGAUGGUCUCCAUGUCAAUAUUUGGGAUCCUUUUUGCGUAUACUAGGGUAUUGUGUUAGGUAAAGGCUGAUUGAUGCACAUAUUGAAACACGAUUCAUUACACUUCAAAGAUAGCAAAAAAAAACAUGGUGCGCAUUGCAUCUGUUAUUGUUUCUACUAGGGUGGUUGCUGCUACAUCUCACCAAUUUGUUGUCAAAUUACAAAAA